AUGGAUGAACAAUCUUCCGAGGCGAUUAUUGAUGAAGAUGAUGACGAAAAAUUAUUUGCUGGCGAAGAGAAUGAACUGAACCACUCUUCUUCUUUUACAUCAUCAUUGGAGAAUCAAAAUGAAAAGUUAGAAGAAAUGGUUUCAGAGGAGAUGGCAAGAAAUUCCAAAGAUGAUACUCCGAGCAAUACCAUCAUCAAGCCUCAAAAUGAUUCUUUAGGGUGGUGGUCAGGCAUUGGAAGCCUAUUAUCACCACUUAAAAACUCUGAUUUUGCAACCCCUUUAGUAUUGACUGGUCUUCUUUCCUUUGUUGCAGGGUCGCUAUUGAGUUUUUCUUUUUCAAAUUUGAAAAGCAGACAAACAAACGAUGAAAUGAAGAGUAGAAUAUUAUCAUUGGAAAACUCUCUGAAAGAAAAACAAUACGAAUUACAUCUUGCAACAGAUAGAUUAAAUAAGGAAAUUCAAAUAUCAAAAGCAGCUUCUCAACACAAUAUUUCUCUGAACAAACAAAAGGAAUAUUUUGAAACACAGUUUAAUAUUCAGUCAAGAAAUUUAAAUCUUGCAAAUCAACAGAUUGAAAAGUAUGAAGAAACGAUUUCUAAAUGUAGAGAAAAAAUUGAAGACUUGGAAAGACAGAUCGAGAGUUACAAGAAUAAUAUUACCCAUUUGGAGGGAGAUUUGAAAGACCAUCAACUCGUCAUUCAAGAUUUAAAUUUGAAGAUCAACCAUCUUGAAAAUCAAGUAAAAGAAAACGAGAGGAUGAUCGAAAAACAAAAACAAAGAAUUGUAAAUCUAAAAGAAACUCACAAAAUUUUUGAAUAUGUCCUUACCAAAGCAUCUCCACAAUUGGCAGAAAGAAUCAUUAAUCAAAUUCAUCGAGUGCAAAAUAUUGAAGACGAAACUGAUGAGCCAAGUAAGAUAGGGCGAGCCAUAAAAGAACACACACCAGUGUCAAACAAUGAUCAACGAUGA